AUGGAUAGCCAGCUUGUCGACUUCGACCUAGACGUCGGGCCGAAGAUCUGCUCUAUGUACCCUCCGCUCGACCUGUCUCAUACAGAGGCUGACAAUGUCGCAUUCUCCUCGUUCCCUGAUUGCCCACAGUUCGAACAGGGCUCGCAAGUGCACUCGUUCCGGAUCCGCGCACGGCAGCCCUCUGAGGAUAAGCUUGUGCGGCCUAGUGAUCAACGUCCGCAUACUGUAGAUGGCUUCAUCUACGGGUACUCGCACUUUACCCAACGUAGAGACGCGACUUCCAAGCGAGGCUACCAACAGCGUUCCGUCGUCAUCCUCACCCACCUCGCAUAUCCCGCUCUGUUUCACACCCUUGUAUCGAAGCUCGGCCCUGCAUUUCUCAUGCAUGGCAGCCCUAUGCUCGAAGCGGCAUGUCACAACGUGGCGAGCUGGUCAGAUCCAAGCCCAGGACAUGUGGUAGAGCUGGAGUUCCUAGGUACUGUCUUUCAAACGGAGUUGCCGCUGCACGUCGACACACAGCAGGCGCCAUCCACGAAACCCCCUCCUACACCACUUAAUGGUAGCUGCGAGGCACCCUGUCAGAUUUUGGCCUCGCUACCACCAUCGGAACCGCCAGCACUGUUGCUAUUCGAGGCUUGUCUACCGCAAUUAUGGUCGAUAUGGGAGUGUCUCGUUCUCUGCGAACCCAUUCUGGUAUACGGGCCUUCCCCUGCGAUGACCAGCCAGGCUGUCUGGUGGUUGCGUGACAUCCUUCGUCCAAUCCCUGUCGCGGGAGACUUUCGCCCAUUCUUCACAAUACACGAUGCAGACCACACCGCCCUUGUCAAUCCUCGUCCGCCCAGUGCAGGACUCCUGCUUGGCGUGACGAAUCCGUACUUCGAGGGCGCAUGCAAGCACUGGCCGCACGUCCUCAGUCUUGGGCGGACGCCUCCAACGAAAUCAAAGGCACACGUGGCCGCAAGUCCUGGCCCACUUCCCGGAUGGAAGUCACGAAUGCAUAAGAGAUACGUCGCGCGAGACCAUGCGCUGCUGGAGCAGUUGAAGGCAGCGUGUACGGGAUCUGAGCAAGCAAAACGCGAAGCUUCUGCAGCUCUUCGCCAACAUUUCUCCUCCCGCACGGCCGCACUGCUCGUCCCGCUGCAACGAUACCUCCAGACCCUUAUACCCUCUCCUGCAUCUGUCGCCUCUGCUACCUUCCCGUCGACGCCGUAUUCAAAGUCUGCAUCUGUCUCUGCCUUUCCCAACUCCUCUUCUUCGAGUCUCUUCCCGCUGAGGUCAUCCGUGGCGAGCUCCUUCUCAUAUCACUCAGCGGCAUCGUCAGGGACACUCGUCCCGUCUCCGUUAUCAACGACGGCCACGACGGGGUUAGCAACAUGGAACGCGCCGGAGCACGCUUCUGCAGAGGACAAGGAAGGAAACGCAUCGCAACUCACUAUCAGUGUCCCACCUCACGACGAACCUAUACCCGAAUCACAUCCCUCCAUCUUCGUCUCCUCCGUGUCUACCACAACCCCAUCGUCAAGUACAAUCUCCUCCCCACCCUCGUCCGCCGCGUCCAGCUCCACACGCGCGCCCACUCCCACACCGACGAGCGCUGAUCCGCGUCUGGCGCCGUUCAACGAGCGUGCGUUCCUCGCGUCACUCAAGCCGCUUGCGCUGCCGUUCAAGUCGGCGGGGAAGGCGCGAGAGUUUUACGCGCGCUGGAUACGGACGCCCGCAUUCGGAGUGUGGAUCGCGCGGCAGGAGGAGACGGUGGAGAGGGUGUUGAGGGGGGAGAGGGGGUAG